AUGGGGGCAAAUGAAAACGAUAAUAACCAUUCAUGUAUAAGAGCACACACUCCCGUACGAUUUGAGCGACGCUCUAUUCGCACGCCAUCACCCCAACACAGGCAGAUGGUAGGCAACACGCGACUUGUACAGAGUGAACGAACUUGCCGUGUUGAUAAUUUGGAUAGACUGCCAGUGAAGCAACUUCCACCCGCGGCCCCAGUGCUUCAAUCAGAUGUGGACUCAUCGAGAAUCUUUUUUGGCACUCCAACGAGUGCAGAACGCCACGCUACUUACGACUUAGUGUCCCAGGGGUUUUGUGAUCAGGAUACGCCUGGGCAUGAUCCGGAUGAAAGCUCUCCAGGAAUAGCUCGAUGUGGUUCUCCUCUUGAAAAUGUACGAGCUCGCCAAUACUUAGUUCGCGAUGUGCUUGGAGACGUGUCAAAUUUGAGCCCUAUGUCGGGUCACGGUUAUUUAAAGUCCAGCUUGUCGCCAUCGAAUAAUGUCAGAUCGACGCCACUGCGGCAUUCUACAAAUCUUAUUUCGUGUUCGUCACCUACAAAGAUGACUCCAGUGCAAUCAGCUCUCCAUGACUGGGCAUCGUCGCGAUUUGAGCGCUCCAUUUCUAAGCAAGAUAAUGAUAAAAAUGCAUCCCUUUUCUCAGAAAAAUGCAAGCCUCUUCAAAAUUUAUCUUCAACAAGUACGUUUUCUCCUUCUUCAUCAAAGACGCACGAAGCAGAAAACCUGCCAAUGGAUGUGGUAUUUGACGUUAGUGAUCCGGAAAAGUCUCCCUCUCACACAUUAUCUAAUUACCAAUCUACCAAAAGUGUGAGACCAGAUACACGUCGCUUAGGAUCGUCGCCGUAUGGCCCAGCUCAACGCGUUCCUGGAUUUGUACCUGGCUCGGCAACGCCUGCGAAGCGUGUCAAAAUGGGAGUAAGCACUAUGUCACCCGGAACUAAGCCUUGGAACACUGCUUUUCAAAGCGCCAGAGUCCCAGUAAAUUCUCCUAUGAAGCAAAAAGAAACCUCAAUGACCACUGCAGGUAUCUCACGAGACGCGAGCGCCCCCUCACCAACCAAAGCUACCCGGUUGGUUCGACCUAUAAAAUACACGAACCAUGCUCCAGCGAUGCGUGUGUGGGAUAGUCCAGAUAAAGGAUGCACUAAGAAGCGAGUUCUCCCUGUGAAGAGUGCUCCUAAGAAGGAAAUCGCGUCUGUUUCUGAAAAGAAAGCUGCAGCUCCUUCUGUGCCCGUCGAAGUCCUCAAUUCAAGCACCAGGUCCACUCGAAUGUCGAAUGAUGCGUCUAGAUUCCCUCAAGCAUUCGCAGAGUCUGAUGCGGCUGCUACACUCAAAGAAAGUUCAUCUUCUGCAAUUGCUAACUCCAAUGACUCUAUUGCGAGGAACCGUGUACCUCGUACCGCUCGGCGUGCACCUGCACCACGACAUCCGCCCAUCACAGCUCUGGAACUCGCUCGGCUGACAACAAAGCAUACGAAACAAAAUGAAAUGUAUAACGUGCAAUUGGAGACACGCACACAACGUAUCCCUGGCCCUCGACCACCAAGCCCAUCACAGCAUUUUGUGACCGGUCAUGGUCAGCGAGCGCGUGUUCAAUUUCGUCCAAAUGAAGUCAAGACCGACGAGCGAGGCGAGCCUAUGUGUCAUACCCGUGGAGCAGGUGACGAAGAGGUAUACACAACUCCGCCAGGAAAAGAUGUGCGCUGGGAUAAGCGGCUUGUUGUGAGCCCUUCGGAGGAAAAACAGGCUAGGUCAGAAAAGCCCUCUAGCGGUUGUCUUGUUCACAAGCCACUGACUUUAGAUGCGUUUGGUAAUGUGGCAUGCCCCCCAUUAAAAGGUAUCACGAGACGGAAAAUUCUCGUGAAGCGAUUUGUUUACGACGAUGAUGACAAUGUGGAUGUGUAG